AUGUUAGCUGAUUUGACGCUUGUCAACUGCUAUUCAAGGACUGGAAUGGAUCCCAGAACUAGGGAUCGUAUACUUCUAGAGAGUGCUAAAAAUAAUCUGAGAAACAUGGCCUUUUUCGGAGUGAAGGAAAGGAUGGAUGAUAGCCAGAUGAUGUUCGAGCAUUUAUUCAAUCUUAGCUUCACCAAAAGACUGUCGGAGUGGUCCAGGAGCAAAUCAAAUGAUACAGAUGUAACAGCGGAACAACUGAAAAUUAUCAAAGAACGUAAUGAAUUGGACAUUCAACUCUACGACUACGCUGUAAAUCUAUUCGAGCUUCGCUUAGCAGCCCUUAUGAAUCGAACUGUCCCGCACAACAUACAAGCUGGUACGCGCUUUACUCCAUUUGUAUUCAAGUCUACGCUAAAUCAUGUACCAGUGGAGUUCAUUCGGGAUAAGGAUCCUCCACAAGAACAUGUGCUUCGUAUGCCAAAGAAUAACGUCCUCAGGAACGCCGAGUAUGAGAGCGACUACGAUGAAGCCCACGCUUUCGAUGAGAAUGCCGAUAUCGAAUUUGAACGGGUCUGA